CUUGGGUCUGCCUCUUUCUUGGAUGCUGUCAGGAUCUAUGACCAGAGAUACAGAGAGAUCUUCCCGUUUCCCAAUUUCAAUAAUAAUUUAAAAAACUCAAAUCUCUCUCUUUCUUCUUUCCACUCGACUAACACUUCCCCCAUCCGCAUUUUCCUUCUUUUAACCGAGCUUUCUCUUUGUCUUCAAACCGAUUUAGUUUGUGUCUUCUGUUAGUCGAUUCAAUUCAGUUCAAAUCAAAACUGUUACUUUUUCCCCAAAAUUGCAUCAACAAACAAACAAACGAAACUGUGGCUCUUUCCUUUCCUUUCCUUUUCAUUGAAUCCCUGAAAACAACAGCCAAUUAAUCAAAUUCACAAAAUCAUCUAACAAAUUCAGUAUAAAUGCCCAAUGCCCACUAAAUGGCCUCACAAGUAACCCAAUUCCAAAUACCUACGUCUCCUCUUCAUGGCUUCCCGUCUCAUUACCCUCUUCCUCUUCAUCUUCCUCUUCUCAAUCUCCUCAGCCUCCCAGAGCAGACAACCCAAAUCCCUCCAAGAAAUCCCCCAAAUCCCCCUCGCCUGCAAGGCCACACGCGACCCCGUCACCUGUGAAUCCUCUCUCUUGCAAUCCAACCAAGUCUCUGCCAACUCCACGCCCUCGCAGAUGAUCCAGGCCGCCGUGUGGGUCUCCUCCGAAAACCUCAAAGUUGCCCACGGUAAAGUUCGGUCUAUUCUAGACUUGUCCGCAGACAAUCGGAACCUUUCCGAAGCGGCUAAGAAUUGUUUAAAGCUGCUCCGGUAUUCGGGGCGCCGGAUUCAGUCGGCUUACGAUGCCCUGCCACGUGGCAAAAUCAAGGACGCACGUGCGUGGUACAGCGCAGCUUUAACGUAUCAGUACGACUCCUGGUCGGCGUUCAAGAAGAUAAAUGACACAAAGUUGGUGGUUGACACGAUGCUAUUUCUAGACUCUUUGAUCCGUUUGACGAGUAACGCGUUGAGCAUGAUGGUGUCGUAUGAUAAUUUCGGGGACGAUUUCAACAAGUGGCGGGCACCCGAGACGGAGCGGGCCGGGUUCUGGGAGAAGGACGAGGCAGGCGCGGUUCAACCAUUGUUUAACGGUGGGUUUCCGUCGAAGUUAGAGGCGGAUGUGACGGUGUGUAAGAACGGGAGUUGCAAGUACAUGAAGGUGCAGGACGCCGUCAACGCGGCGCCGGAUAAUGUGGCAACACGUAGGUUCGUUAUUAACAUAAAGGCGGGAGUUUAUGAGGAGAUCGUCAGGGUGGCGUUUAAGAAAAAGAAUGUGGUGUUCCUUGGAGACGGGAUGGGUAAGACAGUCAUUUCCGGUUCUUUGAAUACAGGCUAUAUGGGAAUUACGACAUUCAGAACUGCUACAGUUGGAGUUAUUGGAGAUGGGUUCAUGGCUAGUGGUGUUACAUUUCAGAACACAGCAGGUCCAGAUGCACGCCAGGCAGUUGCCUUCAGAUCGGAUAGUGAUCGAUCCAUUCUCGAGAACUGUGAAUUUCUGGGCAAUCAAGACACUCUCUAUGCCCAUGCCCUCCGCCAGUUCUAUAAAAACUGUCGCAUACAGGGCAAUGUGGACUUCAUUUUCGGAAACUCUCCUGCAUUUUUCCAGGAUUGCCAGAUCUUAGUUGUUCCACGACAAUUCAAUCCAGAAAAAGGUGAGACUAAUGCCAUUACAGCUCAUGGCAGAACAGACCCUGCUCAAUCGACAGGUUUUGUUUUCUGCAACUGUCUGAUCAAUGGCACUGAAGAUUACAUGAAGCUUUAUCUAAGUAACCCCAAAGUGCACAAGAAUUACCUUGGACGACCAUGGAAAGAAUUCUCGAGGACUGUUUUCAUUCAUUGUACCUUAGAAGAACUCAUACAACCAGAUGGCUGGACACCAUGGAGCGGCGAUUCUCCUCUAAAAACGCUCUACUAUGGAGAGUUUGAGAAUUCUGGACCCGGAUCCAAUACUUCUAAGAGAGUUCCGUGGAGUAGCCAGAUUCCAGCAGAGCAUGUUAAUAUAUAUUCAGUGCAGAAUUUUAUUCAAGGGAACGAAUGGAUUUCAACAUCAUCUUGAUUUUUCAGAAGUCAUUGAAUCUGUAAUAGUUUUAUUUGCAGAAUAAUUUGUUGUAAAAUCUGUUACAAAAGAGUGGGAAAUUAAUUUCAGAAUGUAAAUCCCUUUUGGAACUGCAUUGUAUUUUUUGGGACUGAAAUUUUCCAUAUUAUAUACUCUAUAGGCAAUUCUUCGA